GUGAGUGACACGCUUUAUAUGUGUUUCAUUCUGUCACCAAAUGUUCUUCAUAUUUGUCAUAUUGGAUGUUCAAGAUACUUCGCGUAUCCAUAUCGUUUGAUAACCUCCAGGAAUUCCGAUUGAACCAAUCAUGAGCAGUUCUGGAAAACCUAUAGCACUAGUGGAUCUUACCGUUUCUUUACCUUGUUCUCCAUUUGCGUCAAGACCUUCAUCAGCUAUUGUCUCUACCACCGCAUCUGACUCUUCGAAAUCUUCAAAAGAAUGUAUCAGAGUUCAAUCGAAUCACAUUACCUUCAAAGGUGCAGGUGAUAUUGAAAUUCAACGUGGCUCAGUGCGCUAUGUGUGUCCUCAGGAGUUCAACGAAGAUGAAGGUUCGAAAAUUUCAACAACACCUUCCCAGGCUUCGGCGAGCAAGAACAAUGGUGAAGAAGAAGAUGAACAGGAGGAAAUUCAAGAUGAGGAUAAAUACAGCAUCAACAUUGACAUGUCGGUGUUGAAUACAAGGAAACAGCAUGGAUCGGAGUGUCAGUACUUCACAAACAUUCAGGACUUGGCUUACUCUCUGGUGGAUGACGUCAUCGAUGAGGCUAGGGAUAUUCUGUCCACUCGGUAUAAUUGCGACGUAGAGAUCAAACGCCAACGGUCAACUGCAGCAAACAUCAUCUGGCCCACAAUUAGCGAGUUCACCAGAGAGCUGGGCAAGAAGAAGCUCCGUGAGUACAUUGACCUCACUGCUGACGUCACUGAAAACUGGGAGUACUCCUUGAACCUGAUCGCAGGAAUGAGCAACUCAGUCAGCGACUUUCUUAUGUACGAAGCAGUCUUCAGCAUUCCGACGAAGUGCUAUCCCGUGCCACAGGCCACGGCUACUGUACUGUUUACCUAUGAAAUCUCUAGAGUGAAGCCCAAGAGCUGUGUUGUUGACGUAUCCUAUCAGGUGGAGAGUUUUCGAACGGUACUUUAUCCAGAGAAGAACUUAAUCACAGAAGACCUGCUGUUUCGAGUCCUACACAGUAAGCUACGUUUUUUCAAAACAGUAGCCUAUUGAUAUCUGAGCACAAUUUCAUGGUAGUUCAGUUCUAUGAUACUUAUAUUACUGUUUUUGUAUAAAAUAAAAUAUUGUGCC